UGGAGUCUGAACCUGCUACUGCAGCUCGAAGUGUGUUUUGUGCCCGCCCCGUGUGUGUUUGCUGAUGAUGCACAUGCAGGAAUAGUGAGCUCCACUGCAAACACAAACCAUGACUUACAAUCGUUAUCUAUUAGCACCGAGUGCGAUUUGUUCGUGAAGUCAACAGACCAUGAUCGUGAUGCACUAUUUUCGGGGGAAAGCUGAAUUCACGAGGUUCAGGCUAAGGCCUACUUGUUAGAUCUCUAUCUUUCUCUCUUCUGAGUUUCAUCGUGAUGGCUGAUGAUCAGCAGCAGUCUUUACAGCACCAACAGCCUGGCGCUGAAGUAGGAUCAUUGCCUUCUCUGGUUCAAGGAUUCCAGGCGGCAGAAGCGAAUGCAUUGCAGCUGAAAAUAAAAAACUCAAUCUGCAAAACUGUACAAUCACAAGUAGACUGCAUUUUGCAAGACGUGGAGAAGCUUACAGACAUUGAAAAACUCUACCUCUAUCUCAAGCUGCCUUCUGGACCCAGCAGUGGCAAUGAGAAAAAUGAACAGAGCUCUGCAUCAAGUCGUACCCAGCAGAUGCAUGCAUUUAGCUGGAUUCGAAACCACCUUGAGGAGCAUCCUGAAACAUCGCUGCCCAAACAGGAAGUCUAUGAUGAGUACAAGAGUUACUGUGAUAGUCUGGGGUAUCAUGCUUUUAGUGCUGCAGACUUUGGAAAGAUCAUGAAGAACGUCUUUCCCAACAUGAAGGCACGUCGACUUGGCAUGCGAGGCAAAUCCAAAUAUUGCUAUAGUGGACUUAGGAAAAAGGCUUUUGUACACCUGCCUUCUCUACCCAACUUAGAUAUUCACAAAUCAGGUGAUGGGUGUGAGGUGUUUGAGACCGCUGGUCAGAUGUCCAGUGUUGAAGAAGAGGUUCGUCUGGCCGCAUGUGGCUUGGUGUGCGAGUGGGCACAGAAAGUGCUUAGUCGGCAGUUUGACAGUGUUGAAGACCUGGCUCGGUAUCUUUUGAACAGCCACUACAUUGGAACAAAAUCUGUCGCAGCACUUACUGUAAUGACCGGUUCCCCGUCAGGAGCAAAGAUGUCCUGUGCAAUGCAAUUGGCAUUCGCUCCCACAGCCGACGCACAGUCAUUCCAGCCUCAGGUUAAAACCCUGGUCUCACCUUCUGUGGAUGCCAAGCAGCAGCUACAGAGAAAGAUACAGAAGAAGCAGCAAGAACAAAAGCUGCAUUCUCCACUGCCUGGUGAAGCCCAGAUCAGGAGGGCAGAUGGGGGAACAACUCCUGUUGCAAGGACAGGCAUACCUUGUGGAAGUCCUGCGCUUUUGUCACCUCAGCCUAUUGGGAUUGUGGUGACAGCUGUUUCCAGUCCCAUCACUGUUCAGAGGAGUAGACGGCUGAUGUCUCCUAGCCCCGUUCCUGUGGCAUCUGCAGACAGCAAAGUUCUACCCGUAAACUUUCAGGUGGUCACCCAGUCAGUGCAACCUGUAAAGCAGUGCCCUAAGACCCCUCAAAAUGUUCCAGCCAGUCCGGUAAGCGACCGGUUAGCCCGUCAUCGGUACGCCCAAAUCCUGCCCAAACCAUCUGCCUCUAGUGGCAUAACUUUGCGCUCUCCAACCUUACUCAUCACUAAUAGCCCUAUCAAGACUGUAAUGUCAACUCCUCAUGUCAGCUCGGUCAAUGUUGUCAAGAUGACGACCAUAUCUCUAGGGUCCAGUGGCAGCGGGACCAGCGCACCUGCAGAUACCCCUACCAGCAACAAAGUCAGGCCAGCAUCUGCUGGAAUUGCCAGCCUCAGCGAUGAUCCGCAACCGGUCACCCGUGUUCGUAGUGGAUCUAUAGCUGCAAUGCCAUCUCUUCUGGCAAGGCCGUGGCGAUCUACCACAACAUCCAUUGUUGACACCAAGAUGAAUACAGAAGCCAUAAUUGGAAGAGGUCAAGCUCAGGGUGGCACUACGCUAGCAAAUGCUCAGGAAACUAGUAGUGGUGUACAGCAGUCAGAAGCGCUCAAACCCAGAGCAGCUAGCGUACCUGCUCCUCUUGACAACAGCUGUCCGGGAUUGGAUGCUCUGACAGGGACCAAAUGCAAUGAAAGGACACUUCCUAGUGUUAAUAUUCUGGCUGCUGGCAGCAACAAUAACCCCAACAAAACGGAAAGCACUUUUUAUCAGAACAUUAGCAGCACUCAGUCAGUCUGUGGUAAUGCAGCUGUAAUGUCACCCAAGAAUCUGACGUUGGCAUCCAAGAGCCCUCAAAAGAGACCUGGUUUAUGCACUGAUUUAAGCCCAACGCCUAUUAAAAAAGCCCACAUCUCCCAACUACCAGCAGGUGGAACCUAUGGACCCAAGCCAGAUAUGAUGAUGAAACGGAUCCCACGAUUAUGUACUCCAAUGAGACCUGAAAGUGCACCUCUCACAUCUAUAUGCCAAGCUGCUGCCGCUCCAGUUAGGGGUACUGGCUUUCAGACCGUUCGCAGACCACAGGGCAGAUGGGAAGGAUCCUCCUCAUUAAUGAAUUAUAGAGUUCCUGUCACCUCUAUAACAAGCAUCUCUUGUCAGGAUACACCAAUUGGGAACACCAUGUUUCAGACUGUUGACAGGCCAGGAAGCAUUUCCCAAGGAAGAUGGGAGGGAUCUUCAGGUAUCGAAGGUAGAGCCGUGGUCACCCGUACUGUUAGCGCUCCAGGUCAGGAUUUUCUACAGCAAGUAACACAAAUCUCGCAAGAUUUGCUUGUAGACCAGUCUAACUCAUCUGCGGUAUCCGAACUAAAGAGCCUUUUUUGGGAUAGUGAGCCGCAAGAUGCCACUCAACAGCAUCAAGUCGUUUAUGGCCCACAAAUGUUGCCUGAUCAGAAGCAAAUGUCCACUUCAGUGAUGUCCACUCCUCCCAACCAGCAGACCCAGAUGAGCGAAUAUGGAACCCAGUCCAAUGUUAGCUACUUACCCUUUAAUGACGAUGACAUGACGCAGGAUAGUAUUGUAGAGGAACUUGUACAAAUGGAAGAGCAGAUGAAAAUGAACAGGAGCAUGCAAAGUUUCAGCAACUGUGUAGAUAUUUCAUUGCAAAGCCAGACACAAAACAUGCAGAGUACCGUGACGUCCACCAUCCAGACUAACACUGGAUACUACAGCUCCGCUCAUAGCAGUAGCACUCCAAUCCAAACACCCACUCCAACACCCACCCCCACUUCUGAGAUGACGGGAGGUAGCCAGGGAUUGAUGCACGAAAGCCCUUGUUCACGUCUAGCCCGUACCACUCCAGUUGACAGUGCUCUUGGGAGUAGCCGACAAACUCCUAUUGGCACCCCACACUCAAACUGCAGCAGUAGUGUCCCACCCAGCCCUGUGGAAUGCAGGAAUCCUUUUGCAUUUACUCCUAUUAACUCCAGUAUCACUGGUUAUCACGAUGGAAGCACCGUCUCCUCAAGUCCAGUCAAGCCCAUGCAAAGACCGAUGGCAACACAUCCAGAUAAAACUAAGCUAGAGUGGAUGAGCAGUGGCUACAACAACAAUGGCAGGAACUCCAAUAAUGGCAUUAGCAUCCUGCCCAGCUACCAAGAUCUAGUAGAUGACCACUUUCGGAAGCCUCACGCCUUCGCCAUACCCGGCCAGUCCUGUCAGUCACAAACCAGGCAUCAUGAAACGCAUUACAGCUGCUUGACACCCAUUUCGCCUGUCCAACAGCAAGUGGCAAUUAUGGCCAACCUCAAUAAACAAGAGGGAUUUGCUGUCCCAGCCCCACUCGAUAAUAAAGCCUGCAGUUCAUCUUGCGGUUCUGGAACUUUCCGUUGCCGCAGUGUUAGUCCAGCAGUCAGGCAGCGCAACUUAAGUGGGACCCAAUCGUUCAACGUCCUACGCUCGGUGGUCUCUCCAUUCAACUCCCCCGUGACACCUGAAGUGCUCAACAUAUUCAGUAGCAAUGACAGUGUCGCAAGCAUCAGCAGCAUGGCACAGAGAAGUCAGUCUGUUCCGGUCACCGUAAUGAUGCAAUCGGAGGUUCUACCCAUGCAAGCAGGCAACCAGCAGAGUAAUACCAAAAACAUCACCAAUGUCCUCAUUAGCAAAAUGGAUGGUGAUGGAGACGACUCCAUACGUGGCCUCGGAAUCAACAACGUGCCCUCCAACUACACUGCCCGCAUGAAUCUCACCCAGAUUCUUGAGACCACCGCAGUGCCCAGCUUUCCUGGAUGUGCCAGCCACCAAGCUCUGAUCUCGCCUUGUUCACCAGCCUUCGAGUCCCAGAAUCCUGGUUACCUCAUGAAAAGUGCCAGGGAGGAGCCGAUGAGCUUCUCAGCAGGAGAAAGCCAAGCACAAUCAGCCUCAGCGGAGCACCAGCUGCCACAGCAGAAGCACUUGGGCAGACGGCAGCUCCUCGGGCAGGAUCAGCAGAGUCAGGGCAUGCUGUUGCCUCUACGGCAAAACCUUCAACCGCAUGAGCACCAGCAACCUUUGGAUAUAGACAGCACUGUUAAAGAACUUUUACACGAGGAAAGCUUGAAUGUUGGCUCACAGCUCAUGAGCCAAGGGUCAGAGCUCAGUGCUGGGGUUUCAGAGUUUCCCGGUGAUAUGCGACUAACCUCUGAGCUCUCCGGUAGCAUAAAUGACUUAAACAGCUUAGAUACCAACCUUCUGUUUGACCCCAAUCAACAGCAAGGACAAUAUGAAGACUCAACACUGGAAGAACUAAAGAAUGACCCACUUUUCCAACAGAUUUGUAGCGAGACUGUGAGUUCCGCUGGCUUUGACUGGUUGGAAAGCAAAGACCAGGCGACAGUGGAAAUGUUGGGUUAAUUUAUUCUUUUGUUUUUAUGUAUAUGCUUUUGGAAGCUCAUCUGCGUGUGUAUGUAUUCCCGUCGCUGUGCGGCACUUACUACAGAAAACCCCUUGACAUCAUGACAAAGGUCCAGAUUGAAGAGAAAUUAGUUAAAGAAUGCUGGUUCUUUGAAUCAGUGUUUGUUGCAACACAGUCUCUCUCACCAUUUCUGCAAAGAAAACAUACAGCUUUACACACAGCCAUUGGAGAACUGUUUUUAUGCCUCUAUUAAGUGUAGUCAGCUUUUAUAUAAUCCUUUAAACACAGUCAAAGGGCAUUGUGUGAAAUUAAUUGGAAAUUAACCAUUUAUUCUAAGGAAACGUGCAUUUUGAGAUCACCAGCUUUAUGAGGUAUUGUACCUCAUAAAAUUAGCUUUUUCAAAUUGGUGCUUCCAUGUGCCAUAAAAACUGACAUCUUACAUGUAUUAUCCUUAAGCAAAUAAUACAUUUUGUCUGACCUAUUUAGGAAUAAGGGAAGAUCACAUCAGUCGAGGAUCACAUUGAGGUUAUAAUUAUUGAUUUAAAAAAACAAGCAGCUAACCUUCCCUAACUGUUCAAAAUGUGAUACAUUAUUGUGUAGUAAUUUGCCAUGUUAGGUUUUGUAUUUUGAGAAAAUCUAAAUUUUGCAGUUUUAUUCUUAUUCUAACCACAAUUGGGAAGAAGGCAUCUAUUUGCACAAAAUCAGAUGACAUGGUUUGGUAUCUGCUCUGAAGUAGACACUUGAAAAAACGUAUUUGAAGGAAUAUUUAGGAAAACUGAAAGUUGUAAAAAUACAAAUACUGACCCAAGUUGAGUUUUUAUGUGGCAAUUCAUUUCUAAGCUGCAUCUCAGGGUUUCCCAUCUUUAUAUUAAUCGGAUGUUAUCCCAAAAGUUUAUGAUUUGAUUUAUAUACAAUCAUUGAAAAACUGGCACUAAAUAUUGCACUAGCUGACACCUUUAAAUUGCAUUUGCAAACCAGUUACAGCUGGAAAAAAGUUGACCGAGUGGAAGUAUUUGAAGCAAAAAUUGGGAGUAACUAAUGAAACCAAAAUGCGUGGGUUAUAAAUAUUGAAUGAAAUAUAUUAUAAGAAAGCUUUGUCAAAUGUUUCUUUCUUAUUGCUAACUAUGCAUUUAUAUGGCCAAUAUGUAUAUAUGUUAAGUCGUUUUUUACUUAGUAUUUUUACUAAGUACAGUAUUUUUACUCUAGUAUUGUGCUAAUACACCCCAUUUGAUUUUUAGCUUUCUAAAUCGACAGUUUGCAUAAAGGAGAUUUUGAUGUUUUCAAAUUUAUUGAAGUAUGUGCUUUCAUUCACCAAAUUAACUAUUCAACAUGAAGCGUGUGUGGAAUUUUAGCAUUUUUAAUGACUGUUUUCUACUUGAGCUCUUUAUUCAGGAACUUCUCUAUAAAAUUCACUAUUACAAAAAGUCCUUAUUCAAAUGUCCAAUAAUUAAAUGUCCAAAUUGCAAUGUUAAUAAAUGACAGUCCCCUUUAUCUAAACUUGAAAUAAAUGCAUUUAAAUGCCUUUUUUAUCAUGCUGUACUUUUAAGUACUUAACCAGUGCAAUGCUUUGCCAACAUUCGAGCAAAGGAUAUACUUUGUUGCUAAUUUUGAUAGUUAUUGAAGUGCAUCUCAGCCUUACUUCUUUACCAAAGACAAACUUUAUAAUUAUUGUUUAAAAUGUAUGAGCAAUUCUACCUUUUGGUAUAAUACUGCUUUCACAAUUCACCCCAACUUUGAAAUUUAAAAUGGCAUCAUUGGAUUUAGAUGGGGCCAAGAUUGGAGAAUUAUGGUUUGUAAGUACUGUAGCUGUGUCAUUUGGAAAGCAUACAACCACAUGUAGCACUUGAAUUUUAUUUACAGAACAUGUCAGACUUCAUAGUCCUGGUAUAGUCUGGUAAAUCUUGUAGCAAGGCAAUUCUAAGGGAAUGAGGAAGUUCAGUUUGAUUUGCUGUUUUGUAAACAAGCUUGAGAUAAAAAAUACACUGUAUUACCAGUUUAACUGCUAUUCAUAUCAAUGGUCCCUACCAUACAGUUUUUUGUUUUUAAAUAUGAGCCAAUAAAUAGUUUCAAUAACUAGGCAUCUCUUGUAUAGAUAUAGCUUGUGUGAGUAUCAUUUUAAUGCAUUGUCUUUUUGUUCUGUUUUGUUAUUAUUAUUAUUAUUUGGCUUACAGGUUUUUGCCUUUUUGCAGAAGAGUGUACUUAUGUGAGAGAAUAUAGCAUGGGUUUUAACAUAUGUGUUGUGGUUAUGUACUACCAGAACUGCAUAUCUUUUUGUGAUGGACACGUUUAACAGUCAACACUGGAAAUGUAACAAUGAAAAAAAUUGCAAAGCUAUAGAGGUUUGUUUUAUUGCACUAAUUUCUCACGAACAAAUGCUUCACAUGUAGCCUCAGUAUACCUUUAGAAAGAAGUGGGUUCAAGUGCAUUUUGAAACUUUAUAUCAAAAUGUAUCAUUUAUGUUGUGUUCUUAUGUUCAGGAGCCCAUUGAUUUCAGUGCGAUGCAGACCUGAACGGAUGAAAGCAAUUAAACUUUAAACAUGUUUAGAGAAUCAAAUUUAUUACAGUACUAUAAAUGUGCAUUUAAGAAAUUACUGUACAUAAUUGUCAUCACACAUCACACUGAUUAGUAUUUCUGUCCAGUGGAAGGAAAUUCACCAGUUGUAUAAUAACUCAAUGACUAUUUUAUUUAUUGUAACAUGUCUUUAUGUAUUUCUGGUUCCUCUUAAAAAUAUGUGAUUUUUUUACAAGCACUACUGUUGAUUUUCAUGAAGACAGGCCAGAUUUGAGACUGUGCUUUUCUCUGACCCGGUAGAGUUGAGCUUUACCUUUUUUCUUUUUUUUCUACCUUUACUGUUCCCCUAUGUUCGUAUUGUUUAUGUACAGACUCUUCAUGGUAGUUUUGAUUACAUUUCAGCAAAAUUUCUUUUGUAUUGAAAGUGCUUACUGAUGUUGAAAUGGUUUUAAUGGUUUUAAAAACCAAUAAACUUUUUGUAAA